AUGUCAUAAAAUUCUAACUCAUCCAAAUCAUAACGUAAACCAUGGACACCUGAUGAAGACAGGUUGCUGGCUGAACUUAAAAAAAAAAAGACUAUGAUUGGAUUGAAGUUGCAAGGAGAAUUGAGGGUCGUAAUCCAUCUUAAUGUUCUUAAAGAUGGAAGCGGAUCAAAGAAUUUAAACUAAGAAGAACAUGGACAACAGAAGAAGAUGAGAAAUUGUUAGAGUUAAUAAAUGUUUACAAUUUUAAUUGGUGCUUAAUAAGUACUUUUUUUGAAAACAGAUCUGGAAAAAAGGUUAGAGAACAUUAUCUUAAUCAAUUGGAUCCAUAAAUUAACACUUCCCCUUGGAGUAUUGAAGAGGAUAAAAAGAUUGUUGAACUUUAUCAAUCAAUAGGAGGAAAGUGGAGUGUAAUUACUAAAUAACUUAACUCAAGAUCAGAGAAUAGUGUUAAAAAUCAUUUCUAUUCAUGUCUUAGACACAAAUAUCUAAACAUUAAAAAUCCAUAUUAUAUAGUGCCUGAGAAAAAAUAAAAGUUGAAUGAAGAAGAUAGCUAUUAGAAUUUAAAUUUUUAAGAGCAAUAAAAUAUCACUGAAAUUCAAUAACCAUUUUAACAACCUUAAGUUUAAUAAGCACUUACUUAUGUUCAACUUUAUGAAAAUUAUCUCUAUUAAGUUCCAAUAUAUAUCCUUAACCUAUAUUAGUGCCAGUAUAUAUUUAUCCAUCAUAAUUUCAAUUCAAUAAUCAAUGAUGAUUAUUUUUAUAUUUUAAUAUUCAGGUAUAUAGCUACUAUAAUUAUCUAAAUGAUGAUCAUCUUCUUAUCUAAUAGAAAAUAAAUCAAACAAAUUUUAUAUAAUUUAUUAAUUUUUUAAAUGAAAUAAAUCAAACUAAUUGACAAUUUAUAAGCAUUUACCAUUGAUUAUAAAAUUACAGUCAGGCAUGCACUCUUUCUCUCAUAUGGAAUGUAUUUGACUUACUAAUAUUAUUCCUAAAUGAGAACAUGUGAGGAUUAAAUUAGAGAUGUAUAAUCACUUUAUGUUAUCAAAGGAAUUACUCAAUUAAAAAUCAUAAAUACAAUAAUAAUAUCAACAAUUAUACAGUAAAUCUUAUGAAGGAAUACUUGAUUGUACCUUAGACAAAGGAGACUGGAUAUUUUCAACUGAAAAUCCUAAAAUUGAUGAAUAUUUUAAUCAGAAACUCUCUUUGAAUUAUCAAUAUCAGACAAUCAUGCCUCUUUAUUUGUGUGCAGGCAUUGGUUUUCCAUCUUUGGCAAUUCUAUGUUCCUAUCUUCAAAAUAGAGACAAUAGAUUUAUCUAUGGACUAGCUGCUGCAGCACUUUUUAGUGGAAUCAAACUAAUUAUUAAAGUGUGAG